AUGUCGUCGGCCACGCAAAGGCAGUUAGACGCCAUCUCGGCCACAGAGCGCGUCUGCUCGACCAUCUCGCUGAUCGGGACUUUUGUCAUUUUGACCACAUUCAUCGGUUCCAGAGGCUUUCGGAAACCUAUUAAUCGUCUGGUCUUUUACGCUUGCUGGGGUAAUAUCAUGACCAAUAUCGCGACUCUCAUUUCGCAGGAUGGCAUUCAUGCUGGGGUUGGGAGUCCGCUGUGCCAGUUGCAGGCAUUUCUCAUCCAAUGGUUCAUGCCGGCAGACGCCCUCUGGACCUUUGCCAUGGCGUGCAAUGUCUACCUGACCUUCUUCCACAAAUACAACUCGGAGCAAUUGCGUCGAUUAGAGUGGAAAUACGCUAUAUGCUGCUAUGGCCUGCCGUUUAUUCCCGCCUUUGUCUACUUUUUUCGUAAAAUCCCAUGCUCGGGGGCGAGUCUACGGCUCCGCUAUUCCGUCUUCUACGGUCCGGUUUGGUUUGUCAUCUCCUUGACAUUUGCCAUCUACCUGCGUGCAGGGACAGUCAUCUUCCAGAAGCGAAGCCAGCUGCGAAACAUCGGGGCUAUGGAUUCCCUCGACACAGAUGUCCAACCUGAAGCCCCCUUCAAAAAAUUGGCAGGCAUCCACGUCAUCAGCGAGAUCGCCUGUUCAUCCCCUGAGCGCCGCUCUAUGACUGCCAGCAGAGCUGUGCCUUGCCGCAGCUUUACCUCGUCGGACUUCAGCCCAUACUCUGUUACCAUCGAGGGAGGUAGUAGUAGCAACGUCAGUGGUGCCUAUAUUGUACCGUAUAGUCACGGAAUAAGUCCAAUUCCAGAUUCACUAUCUACAUCAAAACUACCUCCGAGUCCUCUCCGUACCAAUAGUUCCACUCCCAAACCUGUGCGCUCCGAAACAACAGACUCGCACUCGCAGCGCCGUGCAGUGGCAAUGGCGGCGGCCGACACGGCGACCUGUGCGUAUUUCAAGUGCGCAAUCCUGUUUUUCAUCGCAUUACUCGUGACGUGGGUCCCCUCAACCAUCAAUCGAGUAUACGCCCUCGCUUACCCGGAGGCCUUUGUGUUUGGGCUCAAUUACGCCUCCAGCUUCGUACUUCCACUCCAGGGAUUCUGGAAUUGUCUUAUCUAUGUCUCUAUCUCAUGGCCGGCCUGCAAAUCCCUCUGGGCUGAUAUGCGUGGUCGUGUGCCGUUGUUGUCGAAGAUUGCACCCAUCAGUAUAUGUAGACCGGUGCAGUUCUCGCAGAGAGAGGUGCGGGAUUUCCGAGUUCCGCAUACUAUGGAUGGGCAUCAUUCGGAUGAUAGUAUGCAGGAAUUGGCAAGAGUUAGGUAA